UCUUGUAUUUGCUUACCCGUUUAACCACCGUUGGAAGAGUUCAAGUUAUUCGAUAUAUACUUUUUCUCUCUCUAAAAUCUCAUUCUCUCUGUCGCUAUUCCGAUCGAUUGCACUUGUCUUUUCCGGUGAAUUUGUCUUAUAAGAAAGAAGGCUCACCUUUCUCCUUUGAUGUUCGACUUUCUCCGCAGUGGUUCAUCAGUUUGUUAGUUCGAUUUUUGCCAUUUCUUGUAUAUAUAGUGUAUUUCUGUACACUUUGUAGAUAGACUUAAAAUCGAUGAUGUUUUCUUAGAUUGGGUUUAGAUUUAGCGUGAUUGUUGCGUUUUCAAGGCGUUUCUAUUGUGGUUGGGUCUUAGUUGUGUGUUGUCGGUGAUUCGUUGAUUUUCUAGGGUAACCAGAGUCAGAACGUGUUGCUUCCAAAAUUAAUGAAAUUUUCUUUAAGUUUUCAUUAGUUUUUGUAAAGUUCUUGUGAGUAGCAAGCUUUUCAGUUCUAUUUAGGCAUAACAAGUGAUACCAAAGCCUUAUAGGUGGUUUGUUCUCGGUUUUUUCGAAACCUUGAAACCAGGUUCUUAUUCUCUGUUUUUCGAAAAAUUGAAACUGUUUUAUUGUUCUCUGUUUUUCGAAAAAUUGAUUUAUGUUCGGUGUUUGAACAACUUGUUCUUUUAUUUGUAAAAUCAAUAGAGGUUUUUGUAAAUAAAUUUCAAGUUAGAUUCAAUUUGGUUAUCUUGAUCAUGGAUUAAAGAUUGAAACAUCAUUAAUGUGAAAACCUGUUUUUGUGUGGUUAUUCACGUUUUUUAUAGUUCUCUAUUGUCAUCCAAACUAUACUAACACGCGUAUUAAGUGCGCAGUUUUAAGAGGUGUAACAGGUUGACGCCGAAAGAAAUCCUAAUAAAACAUGUUGCGGAGCUUGGAGUUGGAAGUGACCGUGUGUCAACGCAGGCAUGUUGUGCUCAUUCAGGAUACCCAGCUUUGAGUUUAACAAAAGGUUAUGGCAAAAUCUCAACGUGGUGCUGUAGGAGGGUCACAGGAUCCGGCUGCCUCUCCCGUAAGACGUUUUACUCGGGCUUCUGCACGCAACAGCCCCGUAGAGGCAGCUAAUCGGGCUAGUAUAAAUCCAUCACCUAUCCGCAAAACCACGAAGAAAGCAACGAAACGGAAGGGAUCUCGGGUCUCACCAUUACUCCAGCGACUUCGGUCCAUCACAUCAUAGUGGGAGAAAGAGCGUGAUGCUCGUGCUCAAAGCAACAAAACAACAUCUUCCACUCGACGGCCAGUGCUCAGGAUUCGGAGGGGAUUUUGGAGGAAUAUGAUGCUAGGGAUAUCCCAUCAGUCCUUGAACCGACGGCACCGACACAGGAUGGGGAUGAUACAAUCCCCCCACAGAAGCAGAUGACGAGACACUUCCACCGACACAGGACACGGAGACUGCAGAGUGUGAUAUGCCAUUAUUGGGUGAAGAACCAGGUUCCGACCCGGCUCUGAUGACAGGAACGGAGGUGGGCGAUAUGGCACGAUUGGACGAGAUAACAUCAUAUGGCGGUUUGGAAAUUAUGUUGGUUCGUCCAAGAAAAAACAAGGGAGAGGGGCGGCAAGAAUGCCGCGUGGAUGGGGAAAAGAUCACAAGAUGCUUGUAUUCACAUCGCUUGAUGGUAAAAGCAUUUUUGGACCCGACGUAAAUGAGUACAAGACAACUAUUGGGGUUAUUGCACGCAACGGAGCUCGACUUCCUCUACAUUACCCCACGUUUGCUGAAAUACCGGAGACGAAGAGACAUGGUGCAUGGAUGGAGGUUCAGAGUCACAGCAGAUUACCAGACUCAGCAGAGAAAGUUGUCAUGGCUGACCUAAGGGAAGUUUGGAGGCAUUGGAAAUACAACAUCAAAUCAACCUACUUCAAUCCUAUCGAGGACGACGAGGAAGCAUUGAAGAAGGUUCCCUCAAGCAGGAUCGUGCCCGAUCAGUGGCCAAAGUUGGUUGAGUACUGGCGCGACGAAAAGGUGAAGCUUCAAUCCAAGAAAAAUGCGUCAAAUGUACGGAAAAGAAGCUUUCCGCAUCGUACUGGGCAAAAGUCCUUCACAACUCUCGCCGAGGAGGUACCUUGCAGAGUUGAAGGCAAUGAUGGCUGAGUUUAAAAAUAUCAAGUGUGAUGUGUAUGCAUUCAUGCAGAAAAACUCCGGAGCAGUUACUGGCCAGGCAGGCACAUCUCGUAUUGAUUCAGUCUCUGAGCUUCCCAAGCCUGUGUCCGAGCCAGGUCUGACGGUCGGCAUGCAUGUGCUUCUAUUAUCCUAUUCCGGUGAGAAAAAAGUUGUUGCGGAGGGACUUCUGCUCUGCCCCCCUGCGCCAGGUGACACACUUUCCCUGGUCAAGGUCUUCGUGACAUCCGCCUUAGUCCCGGACACACCCCUUAUUUUGCCGACCAUUGCUGGGUCGACUACCCUUCGCAAUGUCAUUGGUGAAGAUCCUAUUGAGUGGAACUACAAGGACCUCAUGCGCCGUCCCUGAAGUGUAUCUACCGAUUCACCCAUGUUAGUUUCCCCGUUUGUCUUAUGGAUUGUAUGUCGUACCUGUUUUUGGAUGGAUUGUGUUGAGGCUGUGUGAACUAUAUGUGGAAUGGAUGCAUAGACCAUUGAAGUUUUAAUUCAUGUGGUGAAAGAUGUGGUUAUGGAUUGAUGGAUAUCCGUACUUGCUUAUUGUUAGGUUUGGUGUUUGAACUGUUAGGCCCGUUUUGCGGAACAUGAUGUUGUUGUGCAGUGCUUGCUAGGCUUGUUUUAUGGGUUGCUUUACUUCGUUGUUAGGUAUGGAGAUUGUCCAGUAAAAACAGUGUUGUCCAUUUGCCUUAAUGUUGGGAUUCAGAUUUUACUAUGAAUUAAUGUUUGCAAGUAUUACCA